GGGGGCCAAAGUGGAACCUAGAGCCACAUCCUAGGCCGGGUUUCAGGGCUCCCAACUCGGCUGGGUCGACUUUUUUUUCUCGCGCGCCAUGGCUGACCUCUCCGCAGAGGACAGAUCCAUACAGGAGGGGGCGCCACGCAUCAAGUUUGCUUGCCAUGCGGGGCCCGAGCCGGAGCUGCUGCUGAACGAGCAGCAGCGUUCGGAGUUCCAGCGCUUGUCCAAGGCGCUGGCCGAGGGCUGCGUGCUGUUGGAGCAGACGGGGGCGGCCCCAGUCCUCGCGGACGGCCUGGUGGCCGGGAACUGCGCCGCGGUGCUCGACGGCGGCGAGGGCGCCGAGGAAAUGCUGCUGGUCAGCAGAUCUGGUAAAGCCGCUGGGGCCCUGCCGUGCGCGGCGGACUUUGUGGCAGUGCGGUCCUUCAGCCGCGACGCCUGGAGCUGCGACUUCAGCGCCUCGCCGGGCGUGCAGCCCACCUCCGACACGCCGCUGCACUGGGCGUGCCUGCUGCGCGCUCCGGCGGAGUUCCAGUGGCCUUCGCGGCCAAAGGUGAGCCUUCACGGCCACGCGCUGGCGGAGAAGGCUGGCUUGAAGAAGGCGGAAGAGCUGCAGUUGCCAAUCAGCCACGAGGAGACGCUCUUCAGCACCCCGGAGGAUGUGGAGGCGCUGAUGAAGCUCUUCCAGCAAUUCCCGUAUCCGCAGAACAGGGUCUUCAUUCGGCGAGGGCACGGGUUCCUUAUUCUUGCGCCAACAGUGGAUGCAGCCAUACAGGAGCUCAAAGCGUUGGAGAAGCACUUCGAGAAAUCGUAGCCCUGAGCGCUUGGGGUUGCCGGUGUUUCUUGUUUCUCUUUUCACGUCGGCCGGGCGGCUUCAGCAGCGUUUCAAGUUGCUGGGGUACAGUUGACUUGGUU